UCGGUUUGGUUCUAAAUUUACCUGAACAUUUUUUUCUAAAUUUUCCGUAAUUUAUAAUGGCACAAUAUCUGCUCAAUCAAUGGUUUUUUAUUAGCAUUCUGGUGAUUUUCAAAGCUCUGAGUACUUCAUCCGUUUGCUACCUACAAGAUCAUCAAAUUCGUGAUGAAUGGCGCUUGAUUUUGCAAUUCCAAGAUGAUGAACUUAAACUUUUGCGCCAAAGAGAUAUAGCCGACAAUACCACCUUGUAUUUUGUGUGUGGAGAACAUGAAGUUACCGAAAUGAAAUGUGAAAAUGGUCACCUGAAUGGUGAAAUGCCUUUGCCGCAUUGUUACAAUCGACCCAUGCCUGUGUUGAAAGCAGAAACUGAUGCAGAUUUGUGUCCACAUCAACUUUAUCGUGUGGGAUUCAAUAUUAAAUGUAGAGAUCAAGAAUAUUUCCACACCACCUAUUUGGUGUGCUUUGAUCAUAGGCAAAUGAGAUGCAAAUUUACCAUCAAUGAGGCGUAUCCUUUCGUCCAAGGUAGACCUAGAGACAUGCGUUUCGAUCCCGACGAGAUUUUCACCAUGAACAUUUUCGCUGCCUAUAAUAAGCGUAGCAUUUUAUCCCGCUUCAAUGGCCUUUUGGGUAGUCAGCAAACGUUUAUGGGCUACGAUGAGCAAGUGCGUCGCUUCGAUCGCGGCCAUUUAACCCCCGCUGGAGAUUUUAUGCUAAAUACUCUGAUAAGUUCCACGUUCAAGAUGAUAAAUGUCAUACCGCAAUUCCAUGCAAUCAACGAUGGCAAUUGGAGACUCAUGGAAGAGUGGGCCCGCAAUCCCCUCAAUACGCCCAGCAAAGUUUGUAGUGGGGCCUUUGAUUGGGUCCUUCAACUGCCCAAUUCGAAUGGCGACGAUGUUGAAAUUUACUUUAGCGAUCGGCUAAUACCAGUACCUUUGUGGACCUAUAAGGUUGUUUUAAGCCGCGAUGGCGUGAGAACUGUUUUCCUGCAAUACAAUAAUAUUCACGAUCAAAGAGCGCCACCUCAAAUUCCUGGGGAUAUUUGCAGAAUUGUAGCGUGUCCUUCAAGUAUCUUUUUGACACAAUCGAAUUUUCUUGGCUACACGUAUUGCUGUGGGCAGGUGCAUUUUAUGAACCAAGUUGUACCAAAUCUGAGGGGGUAUUGCUGAAGCAAAGGAGAUUUUUUAUAAACGGUUGACUCAUUUUAGCCAACAGUGAAAAACUUAUUUUUGAAUGGAUAUUUAAGUGCUGAUGAUAAAAAAAAAGUAAUGCCUUCAAAUAAAAAACCAGUAAGGAAAGGCAGAA